AUGGCUAAUGCAGUCAAACUGACAGAAAAAGACUGGUUAGAAGAUAGUUUUGAUGAACACCCUUGCUAUCAUUGUCUUGUUGCAGAAGUAGCGAAAGAACAUUGGGCUCCCUCAGGGCAUACAGUUGUGGGAUUUGCCAUGUAUUACUUUACAUACGAUCCAUGGACUGGAAAGAUGAUUUAUCUUGAAGACUUCUAUGUGAUGGAACUGUACAGAGGUUUGGGCAUAGGAUCUGAAAUCCUGAAGUGGAUUAGUCAGAUAGCAAUCCAGAACAGGUGUUGCAGUAUGCAUUUUGUUGUUGUGAGGUGGAACACGGCCUCUAUAGAAUACUACACAAGACGAGGUGCUCUGGAUCUGUCAAAACAGGAAGAGUGGCUUCUAUUUAAAUUCAGUAAAGAGAACAUGAUCAAACUGGCAUCUGAGGAAUGA